UGCGGGCAAAGAAGGAUGGAGGGAGGGUGGGAAGGAUGGACGGGAGGCGGCGGCGCUCCCGACGACGUGGCCGAGCCCUCCCAUCACAUGACGGCGCCGGCUGAUGAGGCGGUUCCGCUUGCCCCGGUGCCCGGCGCUACCGCCCGCCUGCUUCUACCGCCGGGAGGGCGGCGUGGGGCCGCCCCCGGGCCAGCCGCGCUCGGAAGCUGCGGGGAAGAGAGUAACAAUUUCAAGAUGUCAGGUGGUCCAAGGAUCUCGUUCAAUGCAAUUGAUUCUGCUCUUUCUUCUUUGAAAAACUGCCAGUCCUACAUCAACUCUGGAAUGGAUGUGGCUACUCAGGUUGCCCUUGACCUUGUGGAAAGUUUCAAUGAUGCAGAAGAUGUUGACAAUAUGGAAAAAGUCAUGCUAGAAUAUGCUACAAUGGACAGAGAACUUAAUCAUUAUAUAAAAGCAUUUGAAGAAACAAUAAAUCAGGUAAAACGAGAAAAACCAGAAAAUUUACCAGAUUUAGAAAACUUGGCGCAAGAAAAAUUCCUUGAAAUGGAGAGCAAGAACAGUGACUCAGAUUUUCAAGGGAAUGAAAAAUAUAUGUAUUUUAAGGAUCAACUUAAGGAGAUGAAAAAACAAUAUCAUGAUAAGGACACCAUUGAACAAAUUGAUGAAGAUAUAGCUGUAACUCGGAGUCAGAUUAACUUUAUUUGUCCCAUUACACAGAUGACAAUGAAGAGGCCAGUACGGAACAAAGUCUGUGGACAUAGUUAUGAAGAAGAUGCCAUUCUAGAAAUGAUCCAGACUCAAAAGCAGAAAAAGAAAAAAGUCCGAUGCCCUAAUAUGGGCUGUAGCUAUGUUGAUGUAAAAGGAUCAGAUCUUGUACCAGAUGAAGCACUUAAAAGAAUGAUUGACAGUCAGAAUAAACAAAGCUGGUCAACACUGGACACGUGAGCUGAAUAUGCUACUGCCACAAAGAAAAUCUGUUAUUAGACGUCUUGUGAGAUAAGUUGCUGAUUCUAAAUAGGUUGUAUAACUGAUUGUUAUUUGUUAAAUAUUUCAUUUAUAGGUAAAUAAUUGUUAAAUGUUUCAUUUAUAAGUAAAUAAUUGUUAAAUGUUUCAUUUAUAGCCAAAGUUUAGCCUCUGCUGUAACUGAAAGCAUUUUUUGAACUCAGGACUAUAAGGAAUUCCAGUUAAACUUGUUUGGGUUUUUUCUACCUUCCUGAAUUUCUAAAAGCUUGCAUUUGAUAAAUAAAGCAUGUUUUGCAGCAUUUAAACUUC